UUCACCACCAGUCCAGGAGUCUCACCAUGGCUAUGAAUGGCUACAGCAGCCUGGCCUGGAGCCUCCUGUUUGCAGGCGCACAUAUGUUGGCAGAUGCUGGUACACAUGUACACAGGAAUGGUGACUAACUCUGUCCCUUCUCUCUCAACAGAGCUGCGAAGCUGGGGUGAGCUGCCAUGUGGAGCUGUGGCCCACUCAACAGCACAGCGUGGGCUGAGGAGCCGCUGUGCCGGAACCUGCGCCUGGGGCUGUGGGUCCUCUCACUGUUCUACCUGGGGGCAGGUGUCCCUGUGGGCUUAGGCUACAAUGCUCUUCUGGUGCUGGCCAAUCUGGCCAGCAAGAACAGCAUGACCAUGCCUGAUGUGUACUUCGUGAACAUGGCUGUGGCGGGGCUGGUGCUCACGGCACUGGCACCUGCCUACCUACUGGGUCCUGCCCACUCCAGGUGGGCCCUGUGGAGCCUCAGCAGCGAGGCCCAUGUGACACUGCUCAUCCUGUUCAACGUGGCUUCCCUGGUGACCAUGUACUCCACUGCACUGCUGAGUCUUGACUACUACAUCGAGCGUGCCCUGCCGCGUACCUACAUGGCUAGUGUGUACAACACCCGGCACGUGUGUGGCUUCGUCUGGGGAGGGGCAGUGCUCACCAGCUUCUCCUCCCUGCUCUUCUAUAUCUGCAGUCAUGUGUCUUCUAGAAUUGCCGAGUGUGCCCGGAUGCAGAACACGGAGGCAGCCGACGCCAUCCUUGUGCUCAUUGGCUACGUGGUGCCAGGUCUGGCUGUGUUGUAUGCCCUGGCACUCAUCUCAAGGAUUGGGAAGGAAGACACCCCGGACCAGGACACCAGCAGGCUGGACCCCUCAGUGCACAGGCUGCUGGUGGCCACUGUGUGCACACAGUUUGGCCUCUGGACACCUUACUACCUGAGCCUGGGGCACACGGUGCUGGCGUCACGGGGAAGGACCGUGGAGGGGCAUUAUCUGGGCAUCCUACAGGUUGCUAAGGACCUGGCCAAGUUCUUGGCCUUCUCAAGCAGUUCUGUGACACCGCUGCUCUACCGUUACAUCAACAAAGCCUUCCCCAGCAAGCUCCGGCGCCUGGUGAAGAAGAUACACUGUGGGCGCCGCCACUGCUCCCCCGACCCUGCGGGGAUACAGCAGGUGAUGGCACAGGCGUAGCUGACCCUCCCCGGGCCGACGUCCAAGGAGAGGGCCUGACCAUGAGGAACACUACAACUCAACUGGACGCAUAGCACUUUGUUCCCCAAGCACAUGGUGCUUCCAACCCAAAAGACACGCUGAAGCCAGAGUAGCACAGCAGGGCAUUUCUCUUGACAUUUUCUGUUUUCCCCUAAAAGACCAAUCUUGGUCUUAAGCUGCAUUGUGGAAAGCAGAGGUGCCUUGUGUGAAGAGGCUGCUUCUACCUAACCCUCACCAUCCCACCCACGGUGGUGCCUUUCUCCCAGGGGCAUCUUCAAGGUCCAUGUCCUCAAAAGCAGGCUGACCUUUGGUCUCCCUGAUAUUUGGGCUUUCUAAAUGAAGCGAUGAAAUCUAAAGCCAGUAUUUAUACUCCGUAUUGAUAUGAUA